CCGAUUACAAUACCUGAUUACAGUACCCCUAUAAUCAUGUCUGUGCAAGAAUUAACUCAGGAAGAGAUGGACUGUAUCCUCUACGAUGCCAGGGUCGGUGACCUUGAGUCGUUAACUGAAAUCUUUACAGAGUUAGCCGGCUCUGUGCUCUUGACCAUCAAGGACGAAUUCUCCUUGUCCACACCCAUCCACAUGGCCUCCGCCAACGGACAUGUCGAGGUGGUGAAAUACUUGCUUUCCAAGCUCACCAAGGAAGAGUCCAAGGCCUUCAUCAACCUCCAGAACGACAGUGGUAACACCGCGUUGCACUGGGCCGCUUUGAACGGCCAUUUACCGGUAGUGGAGGUCUUAUGCGAGUACGAUGCGGAUGCCUUCAUCAAAAACUCGUCGGGUCACGACGCGAUCUUUGAGGCGGAAAAUAACAACAAGGAAGAGAUUGAGAACUGGUUUUUGAAAAAGUACGCCAUCGAGGACGACUACUUCGGUAAGUUGGACGAAGACGCCCCAGAGACUGUCAAGUUCCAGCCGGGCAUGGAAAUCGAGCAGGCCCAGAAAGAGGGUGUUGCUGCGGAGAAGGAGUUGGAGGAGCAGACCCAGAACUUGGCCAUUUAGAUGUGGUUAGCUGUAUAAUAAUAAGAUAAUAUGAAAGAAUGGGUAGGUUAUAAAGUGGAUUAAAUACGUACGAAAUUUAUG